CGGCGGUCAGUUGAUCCAACAGCAGAGAGAAAUCUGUAGAGAAACAAGUGGAGAGAAAGAAGAAAGAAAAGGAGGAAACUGUGGAGACGAAGAGACAGAAGAAGAAGAAAACUGCAGGACAAAACAGGAGAGAAUCCAAAAGAAUAUAAGAGAAAGAAGACGAAGAAGAGUGGAUAAAACAGGACGAGUUAAAAAACGACGUCAUCACCUGAGGAGGCGGAGCUUAAGGAAAUGGCAGGUCGGUUGUUCUGCUGUUGGACUCCACUUUGGAUCAUUCUCUUCCUGCUCAAUAACGUCUCCACUGACCCAUCCUCGCCGUCAAAAUAUGCCCUUCACCAAACCAGCGCCAAUUUCGAGGACGCCGUGCAGCACUGUUCGCCCGGCGUCCUCACCACCAUCGCCACGCAGCAGGAAGUCGACGACAUCCUCAAGCUCAUCUCUGACUCGGUGCCACUUCAGGGCGAUUUCACCUUCUGGGUCGGGCUGAGGAAGGCCAGGAACGAGUGCGUGGUUCUGUCGCAGCCGCUCAGAGGAUUCAGGUGGACUGAGGACAGCAGCGAAGAGUCGCAGGUGAGCCGCUGGGAACAGGAGCCGGUUCAGACCUGCACCGGGGUCCGAUGUGCGGCGCUGAAGGGGCGGUUUGACGGGUUGACAGUAAGGUGGGGUCUGAUCCCGGUCACAUGUAAGAACGGGUACCCCUUCAUCUGCAAGCUGAAGAACGAACAGACAGGUGGGUCUCCUCAGGGUGAACAGGCCACUGUAAAUCCACAACCAGAACCUGAACCUGAACCAGCAACGCCUGAACCUAAACCAGCUACAACAGAACCAUCCAAACCAGCUACACCCAAACCCAGACCUGUAACAGCAGAACCUGAGCCAGCUACACCAAAACCUGAACUCACUAUGGAGGGACCAGAACCUGAACUGGGUCCUGAUUCUGGUCCAGAUGUGAUGUCUGAUGUAUGUCAGCAUCCCAUCAUCCCUGGAACCCGUUCCCUUAUUCUGGACCCUGACAACAGCAGCUGGGUCCAGGUGGAGUGCUGGUCCACCGUUAAGCUGGACCUGCACUGUUCGGGUCAACCCGCCAUGUGGCGAACACUGGACGGGUCACCGGCUAACUUCAGCACCGCCUGCCUGCAAUGUCCACACGGCUUCCAGAAAGACGUCUUCGGACGCUGUAUGGAUGUGGACGAGUGCGCCAACCCGGACGGCGCCCCCUGCAGGCAGACCUGCCUGAACACCGAGGGCUCCUACAGGUGCGUCUGCUCCGACGCCGACGAGAAACAGCACGACGAAGGUUCUCCAUCCUGUCAGGACCAGGAGACGGUCGAGGACAGCGGCGCGUUGUCAGGGAUCCUGAUCCCGGUUCUGAUCGCUGUGGUGGCGCUGGUGGUUCUGGUGGUCGUCGUCGUGGUGACGGUGAAGUGCUGCUUGAUGAGGCAGUCCAAGAAACGCGCCAUAAAGGCGGCGGAGAAGAUGGCGAUGAAAAGCAAACAGGAAAAGGACUCCUUCCAAACAGCCAAUGAGAAGACAGCAACAUGAGGCAGCAGGGCCGUGAUUGGUCGUGUUCAAUGACAUCAUCAGUGUUUGUUUACUGUUGCAUGAGAAUAUUAAAGUUCAUUUCAGUUUUUAAACUAAAACCUCAUCAACCUUCUGAAUCUUUAAACCAGAUUUUCCAAAAAUGUUUUCUCUAUUUUUUCUUAAUUAAAUUCAUUUGUGCAGUUUAAACACAA